AUGAGCAUCAAUACCAAUUCUAGAAUCAGAGCAUGCGGAGCCUGCAAAUUCUUGCGAAAGAGGUGCCUAGAUGAGUGCAUAUUUGCACCUUAUUUCGAUUCCGAUGAAGGAACCGCAAUUUUCGAGUCCGUUCAUAAGAUUUUUGGAGCCAGCAACAUUUCCAAGCUUCUAACCAAUAUCCCGAUCGAAAAAAGAGCCAAUAUCGUUUUCACUAUAUGUUUGGAGGCUGAGGCUCGUCUCCGAGAUCCUGUCUAUGGUUGCAUGUCUGAGAUCUAUGCUCUCCAAAAUCAGAUCAUAACUCUAGAAGCUGAGCUUUCUUCAAUGCAAGCCCAAGUAGCCAUGCAGCAGUCACCUCUCUAUGAGUUUGAUCUAAAUCUUGGAUCAUCUCAGGAGGCAGCCGAUCAGAACACUUUCGCCGGAGCUCCGGUUGGCGGCGGUGGUGAUGGGGAAGAGUUUGCUAGGGAGUUACCUAAUUGA